AUGCGCGCCCCCGCCGCGCCUUGGGUGCUGCUGUGCGCCGGGCUGCUCGCUUCCCUGCGGCCGGCCGCGGCCGCCUUCCACGACUUCCCGAAGAACGUGCCCAUCGGCGCUUUGUUCGAUGAUUUCAAGUCACAAGAAGAAACUAUGUUUUUACAUGGUGUAAAAAAUGUAAGUGACACCAACAAUAUGUUUAACAUAAUUCCUGGAACUGAACCAGUUCGAGGUGAUAGCCAGCUACUUGUGUCCUUAGAAGUGUGCAAACUUGUUUCGACGGGCGUGUGGGCGGUAUUCGGCCCCCAGAAAUCACAGGGCUCCUCAAUAGUGCAGUCCAUGUGUGACACCAUGGACAUUCCCCACGUGCAGACGCGCUUCGACGCCUACCAGCGGCGCACGGACAUCCUCGUCAACCUGUUCCCGCACCCCAGCGCCCUCGGCCAGGUGCUGGUCGACAUAGUGAUCGCGUUCAAAUGGCGCUCGUUCACCAUCAUCUACGAAGACGACGACGGCUUGACGCGAGUCACGCCGCUCCUCAGCGUGCAUCAGGUGAUGCAGGAAAGCCACAAGAAGCCCGUCAGCCACAAGCUCUACACCAUCACCUUACGGCGCCUCUCGGAGGACCACGACAACAGGCAAGCUACCUUCCAUGAUGUAUCCGAAAGGAAACUUUUGAGGGAGAUUAAGAAUUCAGGAGAUACAGACUUCAUCAUAGAUUGCAACAUUCGGCGUUUGCCGGAGGUAUUAACACAGGCUCAGCAGGUGGGACUCAUGGUGGCCGAGAACAGAUUCAUCAUAUCCAACUUGGACAUGUACACUAUCGACAUGAUGCCGUAUUCCUAUGGAGGCAGCAACAUCACGGGGAUUCGCCUUAUAGAUCCGGAUGAGGUUCAUGCCUCUCUCGCAAACACGGACAUGGCAGGGGAAGUCUUCCUGACUGAGGCAUUGCUGAUGCAUGAUGCGGUUCUUUUGUUUGGGGAGACUUUGAAGAACACAAUACAUUCCAAUGUCAGCGGACAAUCUCUCAGCUGUGCUGGUGGGGACUAUUGGCGCCAUGGACAUUCAUUAGUGAACUUUAUGAAGGCAACGGAUGGUGUUAGCACCGGAAAGCCCGACACAAAAUCUUCCGCUUUGAGUCGCGGGAUUCGCCCCGCCCGAGGUGUCGGGGCCGCCGUGCAAGGACAUUUCACCCGUCUCUUCCACCCCCAUCUGAGUGCAGCUGCAACAGAAACUGCAGUUCAAGGUUUUUCAGGCAAAAUCUUGUUUGACAACGAAGGAUUCCGGAGUAAUAUUGAACUCGAUAUCAUUGAAGUGGUAAUGGACAAAGGUAUUCAAAAAGUGGGAACUUGGAACACGACACUUGGUCUCAAUCUAACUCGUGUAUCUCCAGAUGUUGAAAGUGGCAGUGAAAGUCUCAUGAAUCGCACUUUUAUUGUUCUAAUUGCCUUGACUAAUCCGUACGGUAUGCGCAAAGAAAAGACAAUACAAUUAAGAGGCAAUGAUCGUUAUGAAGGUUAUGGUGUAGAUAUUAUCAAUGACCUUUCUAUGAUGCUUGGAUUCAACUAUACGUUGGAAGUUCAACAUGACAACAAAUAUGGUAGUAGAGAUCCCAAAACAGGUGAAUGGAAUGGAAUGUUACGACGAAUAAUGGAUAACGAAGCAGAUCUCGCAAUUACAGAUUUGACCAUCACUGCAGAACGAGAAAGUGCUGUAGAUUUUACAAUGCCAUUUAUGAGUACAGGUAUUAGCAUAUUAUACAAAGCCCCUACAAAAGCACCACCAAAACUAUUCUCUUUCAUGGAUCCUUUCUCUAUUGAUGUAUGGAUAGUGAUGUUCUUUGCAUAUAUAGGAGUUUCACUCCUACUGUUCCUCAUGGGAAGGAUAUGUCCCUACGAAUGGACCAAUCCCUACCCAUGUAUAGAUGAUCCAGAUGAACUGAUCAACCAAUUCAGCUUCAAAAAUAGUUUAUGGUUUACAAUUGGUUCACUCAUGCAACAAGGAUCUGAUAUUGCUCCAAUAGCUGUAUCAACACGAAUGGUGGCUGGAAUUUGGUGGUUCUUCACUCUUAUUAUGGUGUCAUCUUACACAGCAAAUUUGGCUGCCUUCUUAACAGUAGAGAGCUUAUCACAACCUUUCCAAACAGCAUAUGAUCUUGUGGACCAGGAUGUUAUCCAAUAUGGAGCAAAAAGUGGAGGAUCAACUGUCAACUUCUUCAAAGACUCUCCAGAAGAACCAUUUCAGCGAAUGUUUCGCUACAUGAAUAACACACCAGGUCUUUUACCAAGUUCUAAUGAAGAGGGAUUAGAUAAAGUAAAAAAUGAAAAUUAUGCCUUCUUUAUGGAAUCAGCAGCUAUUGAGUUUAUUGUGGAACGACAUUGUGAGGUGAAACAAUAUGGUGGGCUUUUAGAUUCCAAAGGUUAUGGCAUUGCCAUGAAGAAAGGAGCACCAUACAGAAAUGCAUUAAGUGCAGCUGUGCUAAAGCUACAAGAAUCAGGAAGGUUAAUGGCAUUGAAAGAUAAAUGGUGGAAAGAGGAGCGUGGAGGAGGAGUGUGUGCAAGUCAAGAUACGGGAGGAGGUACUGCCGGCCUCCAACUUGAAAACGUGGGUGGUGUGUUUGUGGUGUUGGUAGCUGGUGUCAUUUUGGCUGUCUUCAUGACCCUCAUUGAAUUAAUAUGGAGUGUGUGCACCACAUCAAUAAAAGAAAAGGUGUCUUUCCGACAAGAACUUAAAGAAGAGUUGAAAUUCAUAUCAAAGUUUCAUGGUUCAACAAAGCCAGUUCGUAAGUAUAAUCAAGAGGAAGAGGAACAAGAGGAGGAUAACAUGCCCUAUCCCUAUGGUUUUAUAGAAGGACAACAACAAAAAGACACAAAUCAUCAUGUUUCAUAAUAUCCUUAAUGACAGCAUGUUCUCGGGUAUCUUUUCUUGAUAUGCAUCUUCUGUGCUAUUGCAAUAUAAAACUAAGCAUUUGAAUUACCAUUCUUGUUUUUAUUGCUCAUGAAUGUAAGUAGUCUGAAAAGAUGAAAGCAUAAAUUGCUAAGGUAAGCAAAUAUUAUAAAAUGCUAUGAAUAGCCAAUGGUAUUACAUUUCAAAUAAUAUUCCAUUAAAAAUGUGUAAUUCAAAAUUUCUCCAAAAUUACUUUCAAAUUAUCCAUUACUGUGCAUAAAUAUUUUUAGAGAUGUUUGGUACACUUGUUAUCUUUAUGGAAAUAUAAAUAUUAAUAAGAGAGACUAAUAUAUGUCAAGGACAAGUUCUCACAAAUAUUAAUUUAGAAAACGUUUUGAACUAAAAAUAAAAGUCCUUACUAUAUUAAACUUUCAUUACAUUGACAACUCUUUUAGCAUUGUUAAUUAAACAGUACAAUAUGCAUUAAAAGCAUAUAACGCACUAAAAAUUCACAAGAGGAAAGAAAUAUUAUAUAGUAAGUAUAUGUACUGAAAUAAAAUGUAACCUAUAAACAGAUUUUAUAAAUAAAGAAUUGUGAAAGUAAUGUUAAACACACUUUUGAAUAUUGAUUCAUUAAAAUUGCUCAACAGAAAGAAGUUAAUAAAAUAAUUGGGUGAUUAGGAAAAAACAAACAAUACUUAUUUUAUCACGAGAUGGCUGACUUCUCACAAAAGUUUGAACACAUUUGCAUUUCAAGAAGUCUUUCAAAGCACAAAACAUUUAUUGGAACUUUUGUAAUACAGCAUUACAAAAUGAUGUGAAAUAAUAAAGAUGUAUUUUUAUUAUUAAAAUUAUUUAAAAAGUAGCCAUGAAAAACUACAAAUCAGUGGGAGGUUUUGGUUCACCAGAUUUGGGUUGAAUGGCCCAAAACUUUUUUAUUGUAUUAAUCAAACCUUCACCAUUUAAUAUGAGAUCUAGUAAACCUGCCAAAACAACUGCUGAAAACGCAUAAACAGUGAAGUGAGCAAAUUUAGGAAUAAGUCGACCAAAAAGAUUUGGUCGAACAUAGUCUCCUAUUACUCCUUCCAUGCCCCAGUGAUUGUGCAUUAUAGCUAGAAUGGCAGCCAUCAAUUCCAAGGGCUCUAUUGGACAUAAGAAAUUAAUUGGCAGCAAGACCAGCAAAGCUAAUGCUGCUGCACGCUCGGCUGCCCAAAGUGUUGUGAAACUUUUCGGAGGCGGGACACAUGUUUCUGGUGGCUCAAUCGGCUCACAGUCCGAUGAAAAUCUCUUCGAAAAUGCAGUGGAAACACCGCAUGGGAGAUUUGCUAAUGACGACUUCUGCUUAUAUAGUUCUACACUUUUCAUAAAUUUGUAUUCUUGAUCUACAUUAUUUCUCAGGAGGAAAUUUCCAUUUGAAUUAGAAGUUAGCUGAUGGCACAUUAUAAAGCGCACGUGGAGAUAUACUCCAUGUCUUAUUUUGUAGGUGUGUGAUAACAGAGACAAAGACAUUUCUUGAGAUUCGGUGAUGCGAUGUUUUCCAAUCUUAUGCUUCUUAAAACUACACGCACUUCAAGGGCUCAUUCACAGCAAUAUAAAUGAGGAUAAAACUUUUGAGCAAUUAAGAAACCUUUUCAUUGGAGAAAAAGCGAUAUUUAGAUGACCUUGGAAUUCUGCAACAAUGCCUCACAAAUUACAGUGUCUUGCUCCUCAUCCUACAAUGUACACAACUCAAAAAUAGUUACAAUAGAGUGUCAUUACUUCAACAUGUUAAUAAAAAAAUAAUCUUCAUUGAUUUCUAACGUUCCAACGGCGUUUUAUUAUUUAAUUUUGUUCUGAGCGAGUGUGUUCAGUUGUGCUUGAAUUGGUAUGGGUACGUUUUUCGUUAGAUUGGUGGUUCAAAACUAUUUCUUAACUCCUUAAUUCUUCUUCCCUAAGAUUCACAAUUUCCUUUCGUUUUCUAGCUGUAUUGUAUGCUUAUCUAAUUUUACGAUCUGAUAUAAUCGGUUUAUAAACAAGAUAUGUUUUUUUCUGAAAAAAAUGCAAUCAAAUUAAGAAUAAAAGAAGAUAAUUUUGAUUGUUUUGAUGUUUUGAAAUAUCAUUCAAUUUAAUUUAUAUUGGCCGCCCUUUUCCUCCGAAUACUAAUUUAUGAAUUUUUUGCUCCUGGUGAUGGUCUCGACCACGAAUUCAAUUUAUAUUAACUAAAUUAUUAACAACUUUAAUACAUAAAACCGUAGAAUUCUUAAUUACAUACGAAAUUAAAGAGACAGAAUUUGUUAUCAAAUCAUAUGAUCAUUUAAUUUGACCUGCUCCGAAAUUUUCAACACAAGAAUUUAAAAUAUAUCUAUAUUUAAAAGCACAGGAUUAUUUGGAAAUCAAAUCUACACGUCAUUACACUUUAAGAAUUGUGUCUUUGAUUAGUGACCGUUGAUUUAACAGUUAAAAAAAGUUAAAAACUCUUCAUUGGGCGAAGUGCAGCCCCUGCCACGGGCUGAAGAAUCAGUGUUUCAAUGAUGCAAUAAUGAACUGUCUAGCAAAUUGUUGCACACCUUGCAUAUACAUAAUUCUAGAUUAUUGAUUCAAUUGAUACAGCUUUCUUGAAAACGAAAUUAGUAAUCAUGAGCAUAGUUAAAACUACCAAAAACACUCCCAAUUAUAAAUUAUAAGAGAGCAUUGUAUAACACGUUUCAAAUACAAAAAUAAGAGGGAGGGGAGAUAUUGUCGAGAAAAUUUACAAUUUGUCUUCACAAGAACAUUUAAUAUUUGUAUACUAUAUAUAUUUUCUACAUCAUUGCUAAAUUAAUGAGUUUCAAAGGAAGACCAACUUAAAUAAUUUUACAAAUAUUAACUAUUGACGUUUAUCAGUAUCGAAAAACAGAAUACAGAUAUCAUGCAGAAAUGUCAAAAAACGAAAGAACAAAAAUAUUAAACAUGCGUUACAAACUUUUAAACAACCAUGUUUGGUCUACCAUUGUAGUCUUCUGCUUGUAUUACGUAAUAGGGUUCUACACACACUAUUACUGCAAUGCUGAGCACUCAAGUCGUUAGUCGAAGGCCACGAUGGCAGAUACAAUGCAGCACACCGUAAAGUUGACCAACAAAUAACCGAAUUUGUCAAAUAACAACUUAUGUCACAAAAACACCGAGUCUUUCUUGUUAGCAUUGUUGGGUAGAUCCAAAUCACAAUAAAUAGUUAAAACCACAGAGAUACGACAAAAAUCAUGAAAAGAAACGAAUCUGAUUUCUCAUAAAUCACACACGACAUUCACGCUUUUGAAUGCCACGGUAGGAUAAUACUGACACUGAAUGUUGAAAUUUGCAUACACCAUAUCCUCAUAGAGAGGUUAAAUAGAGCCAUUCGUGUGCCAACAUACACUCAAGGAACACACACACAAUUCACUGUACAUUGAUGAAAGGAGAACUUGCCUGUUGUUCUCACAACGGUCGUGGAGUUGCCGCCAAAAUACACAUACGGGCACACUAGACGCCGCGGAGCCAACACUUGGACACAGACGAUAAUAUUAUAUUCUCAACGUCCAGCCUCGAGAGCGACGAGCCAGUGUAAAAAGUCUUGACCACCACACUCUGCCGUUGCACGCACUGCGCGUGGCGCGCCUCGCCACGCGGACCGUCGCCGCUGCGCUGAUGAUGGCGUGGAGUCGCCGGGCCGGCGCGGCCUCCAAGGCCGGGGGGGAGGUGGUGGUGGUCCGCGCCGCCGGCGGCUACAGCGGCACGUCGCGCGGCGCGCCGCCGGCGGUCGAGCCCUCGGAGACGGACUCCGCGCUGCCGCCGCCGGCGGCCGCGUCCUAGGCCAG